CGGGCCGCCUGCAGGUGUCUCCCCACGGAGGGGCGCGCGUUCCUGCGCCGUGGCCGCUGCCAGGCGCCAGCCAGCAGCUCCUCGCCGAGGUGCACUAGCGCUCUGGGCUCGGGGCGCGCCGGGUCCGCUCCUCCGCCGCCGCCUGCCGCCCGAGCCCGCUCGCUCCGUCCCGCGAACCGCGCCCCCACCAGGGGUGGGGGGUCAUGGACCCGCGCCGCGUCCGCCGCUGCCGAUCGCGGGCUCCAGGGCCCCGGGGCGCGGUGGACAGCGGCCGCUGACGCUGGGCGCCGGCCGCCAACUUCGCGCGCGGAGCUCCCCGGCGGCGCGGUCCCGGGCGCGGGCGGCAUGAAGACGAGCCGCCGCGGCAGAGCGCUCCUGGCCGUGGCCCUCAACCUGCUGGCGCUGCUCUUCGCCACCACCGCCUUCCUCACCACGCACUGGUGCCAGGGCACGCAGCGGGUGCCCAAGCCGGGCUGCGGCCAGGGCGCGGGCGCCAACUGCCCCAACUCGGGCGCCAACGCCACGGCCAACAGUACCGCGGCCCCCGCCGUCCCCGCCGCGGGCAACGGCGCCCCGGGCGGCGCGCUCUACAGCUGGGAGACCGGCGACGACCGCUUCCUCUUCAGGAAUUUCCACACCGGCAUCUGGUACUCUUGCGAGGAGGAGCUCGGCGGGCUCGGUGAAAAAUGCCGCAGCUUCAUUGACUUGGCUCCAGCGUCGGAGAAAGGGGUGCUCUGGCUGUCGGUGGUCUCUGAGGUGCUCUACAUCCUCCUGCUGGUGGUGGGCUUCAGCCUCAUGUGUCUCGAGCUCUUCCACUCCAGCAGCGUCAUCGACGGGCUCAAGCUCAACGCUUUUGCGGCUGUCUUCACGGUGCUGUCAGGUCUCCUGGGGAUGGUCGCCCACAUGAUGUACACGCAGGUGUUCCAGGUCACCGUGAGCCUCGGCCCUGAAGACUGGAGACCCCAUUCCUGGGACUAUGGAUGGUCCUUCUGCCUGGCGUGGGGCUCCUUUACCUGCUGCAUGGCAGCCUCUGUCACCACUCUCAACUCCUACACCAAGACAGUCAUUGAGUUCCGGCACAAGCGCAAGGUAUUUGAGCAGGGAUACCGGGAGGAGCCGACCUUCAUAGAACCAGAGGCCAUCAAGUACUUCCGGGAGAGGAUUGAGAAGGGGGAUGGGAGUGAGGAGGAGGACUUCCGCUUGGACUGCCGCCACGAGAGAUAUCCCACGCGACACCAGCUGCACAUGGCGGAUUCCUGGCCCCGCAGUUCAGCCCAGGAGAUGCCAGAGCUGAACCGCCAGUGCUGGGUCCUGGGGCACUGGGUGUGACAGAGACCCAGCCCGGCCCCCAGAGCUCCGGCCGAUGCUGGCACCAGCCCUUCCCAGAAGACCAUCAGUCUGGUGCCCCGGAGCCCAGCCUGUGUGCAGUGGACUCCGUUGUUAGCCGAGGAGACACGAGGCCUUUCCUGCCACGCUGCCUGGGUCUGAGGGCCCUGGACACGAGGCCCAGAGAACUUGAGGGAACACACUGGACUGCACAGAAGAACUUGGGGGUGCAGCCUGGAACUCCUGCCAGUAUCUCACUACAGCCCUGCUGGCUGCCUCUGACAUGUCAGGAAAGUCACUGGACACUGGACACCAAAUACUGGGCACCCACAAACUAACCAGGGAGCUGAAAAGGUGUCCAGAAGGGCAGGGCUCUGUGGGAACAGGAGGGGUGGUUUCAGGAAGAAGGAUCAGCAGCUGGCACUGCAGGAGGCCACACAGCAGGCACACAGCAGGGGCUCAAUAAAUGCUUGCCGAAUCUGUUUCUUGCAGUGUAUGGAGCUAGUUGCUCUCUGGGCUGUGGCUGCCUCGUCAUCCCUCACCCUGUCACCUCAAAGACCCUGCAAGUGAGAACCUAUGUGUGCUAAGGGCAGGGCCAGGCUGGGCCUAGGGUACAGGUAGGAUGGACAUAGGCUGGCAGUGAUGCCCUGGAUUCUAGAGGAUAGGCAAAGAGGGGUCCCCAAACCCACAUCCUGAACUGUGACCCCCAGGGGGACACUAUGCUAAUUCCUGUUAUAAAAACGAGAGGGAGUAACAGAGUAGAAGUAACUUAUCUAAGAUGAAAGAAAUAGAAAAUUGUAGAACUGGGUUUGAACCAAGACCCCUGAGUCCAACUUCAGUUUUCCAAGAGGUCUUUCUUCCCAGAGGAGUUUCUAGAGUUUUUCACCAAGUAGAGCUUCACUUAUCCAUCCAUCCAUCCAUCCAUCUCCCUACCUACCUGUUCAUUAUUUGUCCAUCCAACCACCCAUUCAAUCACCCACCCAUCCAUCCGUCCAUCCAACCAUCCAACCAUCCAUCCAUCCAUCCAUUCAUCCAUCCAUCCAUCCAUCCAUCCAUCCAUCCAAUCAUCCAUCCAUCCAUCCAUCCAUCCAUCCAUCCAUCCAUCCAAUCAUCCAUCCAUCCAUUUGUUCACUCAUUCAUCCAAUCAUCAGUCUACCCUUCCGCCCUCCUUUUCUCCAUCCCGGCACCCAUCACUCCCCAUCCUUGUGGUAGGCCUCCAUCCUUCAUCCUUCCAUGCAUCACCCUCCCUCUUUAUUCAACCAUCCACCUGUGCAUCCAUCUUUCCCAUGAUGGGAUUCACUGUGCCCAUACUCUGUGCCAAGCACUGUGGCAGGCACCACAGAUGGGGUACAGAAGCACUCAAAGAGGGGCAGGGCAAAUGAUGAGGCAGAUGAUUAUAGUUCUCUGUGCAGAGCACGAUGGUUCCCUGCUUAAGGGUCAAACUACCUGGUUCUGACUCCUUUAAGACCUUGGGUAUGUCACUCAACCUCUCUAUGCCUCAGUUUCUCAUCCACUAAGUGAAGAUCAUGGCUAUGCUUAUCUUUUGAAGGUGUGCUGCAGGUUAAGCAGGCUGGUGUCCUGGACAACUUCAGGCGUGUUUACUGUAAUGCCUGAGGGGAGUUAGGGGCUAGAGGAGCUGACAGGCAGACCCUGCUGGGGGCAGCAUUCAGGGGAGGCUCCCUCGGUGAAAUGAGGCUUAAGCCAAGACACGCAGGCUGUCAAGACACCAGGCAAGCAAGAGUGCGGAGAGCCCAGGAAAUGGGUGCAGAGAGAAAGUGGUGACAAGCUGCAGAGCUGGAUGCAGCAGACCAGGAGCGAUCCAGGGCCUGGCCAGGGAGCUUGCACUGGGGCAGCGCUUCUUCCAGAGGAGGUGCGCCCAGCUGUGCUUGUUAGGAAGAUACGAGGCUCCGGCACAGGACAGAUGUGGUAGGCUGCUCGGGGAAGGAGACUUCAUCCAGGCCACAUCAGAAGCCAGAGGAGAGGGUGAGCUUAACAAGGGCCCUGGGGCCAGGUGAGCAGAUCCUGACACUAGGUAGGAGAGACAACCAUCAGGGAUUGGGGAGGAAUGGCAUGGCAGGAGAGGACAGUGGCCAUGACUCUCAGGUUGAGUAUAAGGGUGGGGAAGAUGGGGACUUUACAUGUCUUAAGGGAAUACUCAGGUGGAUUGAGUGCAUUCAUUCAUUCAUGCAUUAAUUGGCUGAGUGAUUUGUGAGUCAUUUUCAUUAAUUCAGUGGUACUGAGGACUACUGGGGUGGGGCUGGAGAAGGCCUGGGAGGGAGACUGAACCAGUUGUGAAGGCCUUAAACGUCAGACCUAGUUCGGGUUCUGCCCCAAGCAGGAAGGAGCCACCCAAACAUGGGCUGGGCAGGGACAUGGGGUGGGGUCUGGCCAGGGCUGCCAGGCAUCUCAGAGCCCUUUACUGUCACCCAGGUCCUUCUGAAGCUAGCAAACAGCCCUCAGAGGUCCAGGAGAUGACUUCAGUUGACACACGGGCAAAAUUUUAAUCUAUUUUAACAGUUGUGUUUAUGUAAAUGUGUAUUAGAAAAAAAUGUGUAACAGGCAUCUCAGUGAGUUCACAGACGUUACUGCUUAGGAUGAAACCACAAUAGGCACUUCAGUUAAAACAGAGUUGGUUUAAAGAAAAGCAUUAAAUAAAUAUUCGUGCAAAUGGUA